AUGCACAAUGACAUUAAAAACGAUAUUAUUAGAAGCCUACCCUUUACGUUCAGCAAGGUAGAGUUGGAUACCUGCGAUGGAAGGAGGCAGAAAGGGGAAUCGAGACAGAACAAGAAUAAUGAUGCUCCCGCACACGGUUUGGACGGUAAUGAGGAUGGCCACACCGAUGAGAGCAGCUACACACAUGAAAGUAGUGGCACAGAUGAGAGCAUCAACACAGAUGGGAAUAGUCCCCCUGAGGGGACCGACGAGCCCAACUGCUACGAAUGUGCAGGGGGAGGAACAGGGGAAGGCAAGAGAAGGAAAAGGAAACAAGCUUCAAAGAACAGCCCUUUUAACGACCAGGGAAACAAACACCACUCGCAUGAAGAGGUAUUUAUACGAAAUAGACAAAAAGAAAACUCCGCGAAAAAAUCGGCCCCUAAGCCCCCUAAGCAGCAUCAGCUGUGCGCGCACACACGCGGAAGAGAAACGACAGGGAAGAUUAAAGAGGGACUCUCGAUGAGCGGAAUGCAGAAGGACACGCAAGGAGUAGGGGAAAGAGGAAAUUGCGACGCAUUGCAUUAUUCCUCGGACGCAUUUAAGGAAAGGGCAUAUGUGACGCUAGAGAGGAGCAAGCUGAAAAAUUGGCGCGUGCAAAAUUACCUUGACGUGGACAGGUUAAGCUUGUCCGUCUCGACGAGCAGCAUGGGGGGUAAGGCCACAGGCGAGGAGGACGAUUUGUCGAGCGAUGGGGCGAGCCCCGCAAGACGGGCGACCGGACGAGGGAAUGAUAUCUUCGGCGAGUCCCUUUUUUCCUCCUUCAAUUUGAACUACGACCCGUUCGGGGGGGGAAGUGAUCCCUUGGGGGCCCGUCUUGGGGAACAUCUAGGGGAAGGCUUUCCCACCGAUGCCGGCUUCAACGCAGGCAUGAGGGACGGUCCAAAUCGGACUGACACUGACGAGACGGGAGCCGAGCCCCCCCUUGAGAUGGACACAAUCCACUCGAUGGAGGAAGACAAACAACUGCCUCUAUUCGAUUCACUAAAAAACUUAUACACAAAUCACAACAAAAAAAUUAAGCUCAUUAACUAUAGUAAGAUUUUAAACACAAGUCUGUGCAAGCGGGUGCAGGAUGUUGUGGAGGGUCAACAGGACAAGGUGCUUGAGACGAGUAGCGGGGGGAAUGGCAGAAAGGGCAACAAUAGCAGGAAGGACAGGAAUGGCAAGAAACACACACGUAGUAGGGGGGACCCCUCACUAGGCCAAAAGAUGACAGAGCACAAUGUAAAGGCGAUUAUUAUGAAUAUAAAGAAAAGGCUUGGCUUUUACUCGGGGGAGGAGCGGCAGGAGACUCACAGGGGGUCACAAAUGGAGAUGCGGAAGAAGAAUCUGCGGCACCAGAAGAGACGUGACAAGCGCUACCACGUGGCCCACGAAAACAAACCCACCUUUUCCGACAGCCUAAAUUACUCAAGGGAUGAGCCGCUGUCCGAUAGCGUGACAAACGAGCUCUGCACUGGGGAAGAGAAACCUGACUCAGUUACACGAGUAGAUGCAGCUAAUGAAAGUGUGGAGAGACGGAUUCACAAGGGAGACAGUCAAAAUCUCCUUAAUUACCAAAGCUUCGUUUCAGAUGAUUUUAACUUAUCAGACGAUAAGGAUGGCCCGCUCGGCUCGUUCUCAUCUCGUAAGAGCCAAGGGGAAAACCUUCCAUCGUCCAGUGAAGGGUGCGCGAGCACACACAAUGAAGAAGUGUUCGCGCUGUCUACAUCAUCGGCGCAGUUUAAGCAAAGCUUUCUGAGAGCCAUAGGCCGUGUCUCCACCCAGGUGGACAGAAAUGAGGGUACCGAUGAGGAGACCCACGCGGAGGAGAAAGCCCAUGCGGAUGAAAAAAUCCAAGCGGAUGAAAAAGCCCAAGUGGACGAUGACGCCCACUCGGAUGAUGGGGACCAUGCCGACUGCGACAACCCAAGCACAGACCUCUCGCACGGGGACACACCAACAAACAAACAAACAAAAAUAAACUGCCAAAAGGUAUUAAAAAGAGAAGAAUUCCCAAUAGGGACAGAUCCGGAUGGUUUUGGAACCGUCACCUCUUCAGGGGAGAGUCCCCCAAAGGAACGUAUUAUAAAUGGAGAGCGGGACCAUUCAAGAAGCAUUCAGUACAGUAAUGAAGACAUUAAAAAAGACGAAAUAAAAAAAUUAAUUUCAUGUACACACAAGAAUGAUGACGACAGGACAACACCUACUGGUGGGUCGCCCAUGGAUUUUGCAACCGAGAGGCAGCAGGAGUCUACAUCGAAUGAAGGGAACUCCCAAAGGGAUGAGAAAAACGAUUCUAACAAGCUUGGUAAAAUGGAAGGGAUGAACAUUUUAUCAGAAGAGAUGAAUGCCUAUAUGCUGGACGUUUUCGAUAAGCAAGUUAAGCAUCUCAAUGAAUUGGUGACGAAUGUUUUGUCCUGA